AUUUAUAAACAAUAGGAAAUUAUGGACAAUUGUAAUCUAGAAACUAUAUAAGGAAACCUCCAACGCGUAUCAUCUUGCAGUCUAAAUCAAACAUGAAGAUACACAUCUUGAGUAGUCUCUUGGUCGUUUUCAGUAUCAGCGGUGUCACGCUGGGCCUGGAUCUCCAAUCAGGUUUAGAUACAAUCCAAAAUGUUCCCUUAAACGUUAUCGGACCCAGCAACGAAUCCCUAUCGGACACUCAAAAAGACUUGUCCAAACGAGUCUUCUUCUACCUGUACACGAGAGACACUCAAAACAACCCUGAGAUGUUGUACGUGGAUGACCCAAACACUUUGAAACAGAGUCGCUUCGAUCCGAAGAAAAAGACUGUAUUCAUCACGCAUGGCUGGGCAACCUCUUGCUCCAGUGAAUCUUGCAAUAAGGUUCGAGAAGAAUACCAGAAACACGGCGACUACAACGUCAUCGUGGUGGACUGGUCCAAAAUAUCGAAGAUGUCUUAUUUAGAAGCCGUUAAGCGAGUUCAAAUGGUAGCCGAAUAUGUGGCAGUCAUGAUCGAUAUCUUAAACAGAGAAAGAGUAUUACCUGAAUUGAUUUUGGUCGGCCACUCCCUUGGCGCUCAAAUUGUUGGAUUGGCAGGCUAUAACGCGAAAAGCGAAGUGGAUUAUGUUGUUGGAUUGGAUCCAGCAUACCCACUGUUCAAUUUCGCGAGUCCGAGCCACAGACUCUCCACCGAGUCUGCGAAAUUCGUGCUGGCUAUCCACACGAACGCAGGCCUCAAUGGUUUUCUCACUCCCAUUGCUCACUGUGACGUUUACGCGAAUGAUGGAAUCACGCAGCCAGGCUGUGGGACUAAUGUCUCGUGUUCGCACGGACGCGCGUAUGAGUACUUCGCAGAGUCCAUCAACAGUGAGGUAGGCUUCUGGGCGAGGCAGUGCGACAACAGCUUAGAAUUCAGGACCGGUUUGUGCAACCUGCAUCCCCUAGUUCGCGUGGCCGGCGCUGAACCGGAUGUUAACAUCAAAGGAGUAUACUACGUGAAGACACGCAGCAGUCCUCCAUAUGCUCUUGGACGUAACAAUUAAGACGAAGAUGGAGAACUUCAGUUAUUUCAAAUAUGUUUCGUGUCUUCCUGAUUUUUGAAUUAUAUGUUGCAAAAUGA